UUGACGCCACACGAAUUAAAACGCGCUACCAUUCUUCCAGCAUCAGUCUUAAAGUAGAAUUCUAACAUGACCCACGUACACCCCACUGAGGAACCUUCCGCUUUCGAUACGAUCAUUGAACAGAUCGGGAAAGCGGGUAGGUUCCAGAAACGUUUCAAUUUCACCUUCAAUUUUUUCCUGGUUAUUGUUGCGGCCAUGCCACAUUUAAACCUGGUCAUCAGUUUGGCUACACCUAAUCACUGGUGUCAUGUACCAGGUCGUGAAACCACAAAUUAUUCAAUUGAAGAAUGGAAGAGCAUGACCCUGCCAAAGGAGUAUGAUUCCAAAGGACAUCUUAGUUAUUCCAAGUGUAAACGUUAUGUAAACCCAUACCUGGACCUACCUGGUAAUGAUACAGAAGAUCUAGAGAUGGAUGUUACAAAUUGUGAUAGUGGUUGGGAAUAUGACCAUACCUGGUAUGAUCAAACUGCACCAAUGCAAAAUGAUUGGGUUUGUGAUAAUAACAUGGUCUCAGCUAAUACCCUAGCCCUUGGAAGGGCUGGGGAAGUAAUUGGGACUUUGAUUUUUGGUCAACUUGCGGAUAAUUAUGGAAGAAUGCCUGUGUUUUAUGCAACAGUUGUGACUUUAGUGAUUGGGAGAGCUAUGUCCGCCUUUACAUCACCCUGGGUCUCCGUUUUUAUUAUUUUCAGUAUGAUUGGGUCCCUACCUAGUACCUCGGUCUUCCAAGGACCACUUAUCAUAGCCAUGGAGAUAUCCCGAACUGAAGACCGUGCGUUGAUAAGUAUGAUGCAAUGUUUUGUUGGAAUAUGGAUGAUUGAGUCGCCGCGUUGGUUGGCAUCCAAAGGCAAGAUUAAGCGAUGUUAUCAGGAAUUGGAAAAGGUGGCGAAAACCAACAAAACUGAUAUGCCCAAUAAUACUGAAGCUGUACUCAAAAAGGCUUAUGAUGUAAAGGGCACAGAGAAGAACCAUACCAUCUUAGGGUUGUUCUCAAGUCCCCGAUUAGCAAAGAAUACUAUUAUGCUGGUGUGUUGCUGGUCUAUCCUUUUGAUGAUCUAUAUGUGUCUCACCAUCAAUGUGAACAACUUAGGUGGUAACCCUUUCUUGAAUUAUCUCUUUCAAGCUGUGGGAGAGUUACCUGCUUAUAUGAUUGGGAAAUAUGUGAGUGAUCAUUAUGGUAGGCGAUGGACGAGUAUCAUCAGUUUUAUUCUGACAUCCCUGGCAUGCGUUCCGAUUAUUUUUGUGAUUAAUGAUAUUGCAAGUCAUUUGGUGAUAAACAGCCUGUGUAUCUUUCUAAAAUUCAGCGUAUCGCUGGCGUUUUACUCUGUCAAUUUACAAAGCAUGGAAAUCUACCCAACUUGUGUACGCCAGACUGGUAUCUCCGUGGGUGUUAUUUUCGGCAGUGGAUUUGGCGUCGUCUCACCAUACAUUGUCGCCUUGGGUACCUCGGUGAAUGCUAUGUUACCAUACCUGAUCUUCUCGGUAAGUUCUCUGGUAGCAGCCGUGUGCUGUCUCUUCUUACCGGAGACCUUUGGUCAUCAAUUACCGGAAACUCUGGAAGAUGCUUCCAACUUUGGCGCUGAUCAAAACAUAUGGGAUGAUACUUCAGAGGUACCCAACGCAAUUGAUGAAAUCAUGAAGAAAAUUGGAAAUGCAGGUCUCUAUCAGAAAAGAUUCAACAUCGCCUUUAAUUUGAUCCUGUCUUUUUUGGCCGCCAUGCCCUAUUUGAACCUGUAUAUAAGUCUAGCUACACCUGAUCAUUGGUGUCAUGUACCAGGACGUGAAAAUACCAACUAUACCAUCAGUGAAUGGAAAAAUUUAACAAUUCCAAAAGAAGUAGAUUCCAAAGGUCUUCUUAGUUAUUCAAAAUGUAAAAGGUAUGACACCUGGAAUACCUCCAGUAGUAAAAACGAAGUAAAAUGUGAUAAUGGUUGGGAUUACGAUCACACCUGGUAUGAUCAAACAGCCCCAACCCAAAACAACUGGGUGUGUGACAAUGACAUGGUACCCUCUGAUACCAUAGCCCUAGGAUUUGUAGGAGAACUUGUUGGUACCAUGGUAAUGGGACACGUGGCUGAUAAUUACGGAAGAAUGCCAAUAUUUUUCGCGUCUCUUAUAAUAGCAGUUUCCGGUCGGGUAAUGCUCACGUUAACAUCGGAAUGGGUGUAUGCUUUCCUGUUCUUCAGUUUCUUCAGUUCCCUGGUAAGCACAGCGUUGACCCAAGGACCAUUUGUCAUCGCAAUGGAAAUAUGCCGACCUAAAGAUCGAGCUCUUGUUGGUGUGAUUGUGUGUUUCGGUACCAACAUGGGUCUAUCCACUAUUCCUCUGCUGAUGUGGUUGUUGCGUGACUGGGUACCAUUUAUAAUCGUAUCUACACUCCCAUGCGCUAUUUAUCUAUUCUCGCGACCUUGGAUCAUUGAAUCACCACGUUGGUUAGCAUCAAAAGGGAGGCUACAGGAUUGUAUCAAAGAGUUGUCUAAAGUUGCAAAAACCAACAAGACUGAAAUGCCCCCUAAUGCUGAAGCAAUGCUUAAGAAAUACUGUGAGCAAAAUGGUCAUGACAAACAUCAAAGUGUGCUGGGUUUGAUUUCCAGUCCCCGAUUGGCUAAGAAUACUGUUCUUCUUAUAACUUGUUGGUGUAUUGUACAACAGAUUUAUGUUUCACUUACUAUCAAUGUUACCAAUCUUGAUGGUAACCCAUUUUUGAAUUAUCUCUUUCAAGCAUUGGCUGAGUUACCAGCUUAUGUGAUUGCUAAAUACCUUAGUGAUCGAUAUGGGAGGAGAUGCAAUACUUUCAUCAGUUUUACAUUAUCGUCUUUAUCUUGUUUUGCAAUCAUAUUUUUAAUCAAUGAUACUUCAAUGGCCCCCGUGAUAAAUUACAUUUGUAUCUUCAUGAAGUUCAGUGUAACUUUAGCUUAUUUUUCAAUUAAUCUUCAAGCUCUGGAGAUUUAUCCAACUUGUAUCCGGCAAAUUGGUUGUGCAGUUGGAGGUCUCUUCGGAAGUGCUACCAAUAUUAUUGUUCCUUAUAUUAUAGCUCUUGGUGUUUCCGUAAAUGCAACACUCCCAUUUGUGAUAUAUUUAUUAUGUUCGAUUUUGGGAGCUAUUUGUUGUAUUUUCCUACCGGAAACGCAUGGCCAUGACCUGCCAGAAACCCUAGCAGAUGCAAAAUGUUUCGGAGCUGAUCAAGAUUUUUGGGGGCGGCCAAAAACACGUCGGAAUAUACCCGACGGUGCGGAUAGACCUCUUACUGAACAAACAUAA